AUGCGUGUGAAGAGCAUUGUGAUUGAUGGCUUUAAGUCAUAUGCUCAUCGCAAAGCCCUUGAAGACUUGAGUCCGCAUUUCAACGCCAUUACAGGUCUCAAUGGCAGUGGGAAAUCAAAUAUAUUUGAUGCGGUUUGUUUUGUCAUGGGUAUCACAAACUUGAAACGUGUCCGUGCUGAAGACCCGCGUGAACUUAUCUUUCGAGCAGGCACGACAGGUGUGCAUGCGGCACGCGUCACAAUUGAAUUUAUUAACGAUGACCCCCGUACGGCGCCGCCGGGAUACAGCUGUGAGGAGUACCCGAUCAUUACCGUUGGACGGCAGAUUAGGCUUGGCGGGAAGCAGCAGUUUUUCCUAAACAACACCGUAUCCAUGCAGAGCAAAGUAAAGCGCUUCUUUGAGAGCAUCAGCCUUAACGUUGACAAUCCACACUUUAUGGUAUUACAAGGGACGGUGCACAAACUCAUUGGCAUGCGCUCACAAGACAUUCUUUCCCUUAUAGAAGAAGCAGUUGGAACGAAGGCUUUUGAUCACCGUCGACGUACAGCCGAGAAUCUGAUUCGCAGCAAGGAAAAGAAAAUGGAAGAGAUUGACAAUAACAUUGAGACACAGAUUGGCCCUAUGUUGCGCGCCAUGAAGGCAGAUCAGGAUGAAUAUGAGCGCUUUGUGCAGAUGAGUGAGAGUAUUGAGGAGAAGCGACGAUUUCGUGUCGCUUUUGAAUAUGAAGAACAGAGGCAACGAUUGGAAGAGCGCACGGAGCGGCGUGCCGCAGUCGAGAGAGAUGUUGUCGUAUCAAAGGAGCAGUUGAAGUUACUGCCGGCAUCGGAGGAUGCCUCUACGCGGAGACUGAUGGAACUGCAAAAAUCUCUCGCCACUCCUGCGGAGGCGGUUAUUUCCCUCCACGAAGAGGAAAGUUUGCUCAAAAAGCAGUUGGCACGGGAUGAGGCGCAUGUGGAGGGAGCAGAAAAGGCCCUACGUCUACUCGAGGGGAAUUUCCAUAAACUGGAGAAGGAAAAGGGGAAGCAGGCGGCUCGAAUAGAACAGUUUGCGUCCAAAAAGGAACAACGAGAAGUACUUAUGGAACGUCUUCGUGCGGAGAAGGAAAACGUUGCCAAAUUGAAGCGUUCCCUACAGUUGCAAACCUCCGGGGUGCGGGCGGGCAUGUCCGGCUUGUCGUUAGAAGAGGAACGUGCUGACAUUGAACGCCAACUGAUUCAUCACGGUGCUGAGGCAAGACGGUGUGACGAGCGCAUUAAGGAACUGGAACGACAGUUGAAACAUUUUGUGCAAAAGGCGGCCACACGGGGUGAAACCAUUGCAAAGCUUGAGAAGGAACUAGCGAGGGCGCGUGAACGCGUCGACGCGGAGGCAGAGUCUUAUGCAGUAGUGGCUCCUUCGGAGUCGCAGGCAAGCGCGUUGCAGGAAGAACUUUUGCGUCUCAGGGCGGAGUAUUGGGAAGCAAACGAUGCUUUGCAACGUGAGAUGGGCAAUGGCGGUCGUGGUUUUGACGUAGAGUACGACCGUCUUGCGUGCCCAGGUAUUGAACAACACAUUCAUGGUCGCGUUGCUGAGCUCAUUGUACCAAAGGAAGAGAAGUAUGCCAUGGCUCUGAUGGUGGGGGCGCAAACACAAUUAUUGCGUGUUGUUGUAACAAAUGAUCUUGUUGCGGAGAAAAUUAUUCGUCAUGGCUUGCGACAACGCACGGCAUUUCUUCCGUUGAACACGUUGCAGCCGUCAAAGGGUGUGGACAGUGGACGCAUGGAGGAGGCAAAACGUAUUGCUGCUCGCAAAGGAGGUUUCCUCGCCAUUGCAAAGGACCUGAUAGAAAUCAAAGAUGAAGCCCAUUGUAUCGUCGCAGAGCAUGUCUACGGACAGUUCUUUGUUUGCUCCUCAUUAGACUUGGCUCAGGAGCUUGCCUUCAAUCCGGCCGUGAGGUGCAAGGCUGUUUCACUUGAUGGUGAUGUGGCGGAACCAAGUGGACUGAUGACGGGUGGUUCAACUCAACGACUUCGCGACAUUUUUGCGGAGAUUCGUGCUUACCAUGAGCGUAAGGCGCCCGUAGGAAAGUUGCGGAUAAAAAUUGCGCAGGUAGAGGCGGAGCUUGAAGCUGUUCAGGAGAAGCUGCGGCAAAAUGCACCUCUGAUAAGGCGGUACAAGGAAGCGGAGGAGGCGAUGGGACUGGCGGAGCACAAGCUGAAGCUCGAGCAAGGCGAAACCAACGGGCCCGUGGAGGAGUUGGGCGCGGCACUGGACGAGGAGCGACGCAGGCAUGAGGCGGAAUGCGAAGCACUGCGGGAGCUGAAAGAGCGUAAAGUGGCGCUUGAACGGCACACUCGUGAAGAUCCUGACAUGGUGCGUAAAGAAAUGCAAGAACAGCUUUCUAUGGCACAGAAACGAAGCUGUGCCCUCGCUCGUGAGGAAGAGGCUGGAUCCGCAGAGUUUGAGCGAAUGGAGGCGGAAAUCAUGCAGCUGGCAGCGGAUCUAGAACGCAAAAUUUCGGAAGUACAGGAAGAGAUAUCGCAAAGGACUGCGGCUCGAGACGAGGCCAAAGCCCAACUUGACGAAACAAGAGCAAAAUUGGGGAAGGUUGUGGAGCAGCUGCAACGAAUGGAGGAACAGCGACAGUGUCUCGAGAAGGAGGUAGAGGAGGUACAACAGGAACUUCAACAGCUUCUGGUGAAAAAGUCUUCUCUUGAAGCCUUUAUAAAAAAUUCCGAGGUGGAUCUUCGCGACGCGGCGAAGGCGGCAGAGGAACUAAAAAAAUCUGUGCAUGAGGCUGAGCAUCGCCACCCAUGGUUAGUUGAGGAACAACAUACAUUUGGACGAAGCGAUGGUCCUUAUUAUUUUGAAGACAAGGCGAGAACGGCUGCCACAUUGCAGGAAUUACGCGAGGCCGAGUCACAGGCUGCCGUCAUGUCCAAACGCUUAAAUCGUAAGGCCACAAUUCUUUAUGAGGAACGCAAAAAGGAAUACGAUGAGUUGGUACUGCAACGCUCCGCAUUGGGUGAAGACAGGGAUGCUAUUCAGCAGUGUAUCCUGGGUAUUGAAGAAAAGAAAUGGCAUGCGCUAGACCGCAUGGUAAAAGUUGUAAGCAGUGUUUUUUCCAAGCUUUUCUCCACAUGUCUGCCCGGUGCUGCGGCUGUUUUGCGAGAGGAACGCGAUGAUCAGCACCAUCUCUGCGGUCUUCAGGUAAAGGUCAUGUUUAAUGGUAAGGAAAAAGAGUCACUGUCGGAACUGAGUGGUGGGCAACGCUCUCUGCUUGCGUUAUGCCUUAUUUUGGCCAUUCUCCGUGUACGUCAGGCGCCAGUAUACAUCCUUGAUGAGGUGGAUGCUGCACUUGACCCAAGCCACACGCAAAAUAUUGGGCGGAUGCUGCAGACACAUUUUCCCUCUUCCCAAUUUCUUCUUGUUUCGCUCAAGGACGGAAUGUUUAGCAAUGCGGAUGUCCUUUACCAGGUGAGCAACACACAGGGUUAUUCAGAGGUUACCCGCAUUGAGUCGGGAGCAGGGCGCGGGUGA